AAAUCCAGUCUGUCCGAGUUUCAGCACAAUGCAGAGAGCAUCGCGACUGAAGAGGGAGCUCUCCAUCUUGACCACAGAGCCACCUCCAGGCAUCACCUGCUGGCAAAAUGAAGACCAACUAGAUGACCUACGAGCACAAAUUUUAGGAGCUGCAGACACACCAUAUGAGAAAGGAAUAUUCAACCUGGAAAUAGUUGUUCCUGAAAGGUACCCAUUUGAGCCCCCGAAGAUUCGCUUUCUGACCCCUAUCUAUCAUCCUAACAUUGACUCUGCUGGAAGGAUUUGCCUGGAUGUUCUUAAAUUACCACCAAAGGGAGCAUGGAGACCUUCCUUGAACAUCUCCACGCUGCUGACCUCCAUACAGCUGCUGAUGGCAGAGCCCAACCCUGAUGACCCUCUCAUGGCAGACAUAUCCUCGGAGUACAAGUACAACAAGCAACUGUUCUUGCUCAAUGCCAAAGAGUGGACUGAGAAAUAUGCAAGCCAGCAGAAAAGGGCUUCCAAGCCUUUGGAAGAGAAAAUAAACCAAAGUGAAACAAGUACCACCAAUGACUCGACCGCACAGAAAAGAAAAGGGAGUAGUAUCAGCAAGAAGGAGAAGAGAUCUUGCCUGGAUUCCUAAGUGGUUUUUGUUGUAGCCAUCACCUUUGCUUUCACUGUCCUUUUCUCUUUACAUAGUAGGUAUACCUAAAUAUUUUAACCAA